CUGCCUUGGGGUGCGUCGGACGAUUCCUGCCUGCUCCCUGCUGAGGCUACCCUGGUGGUGUCCUGGGACGCUGAUUUCAUGAUUUUCUGCCGUUUCUUGGCAAAAAUGGCAACCAAUGAUGCUGUUCUGAAGAGACUGGAACAGAAAGGUGCAGAAGCAGAUCAAAUUAUUGAGUAUCUUAAGCAGCAAGUUGCUCUUCUUAAGGAAAAAGCAAUUUUGCAGGCAACUUUGAGAGAAGAGAAGAAACUUCGAGUUGAAAAUGCUAAAUUGAAGAAAGAAAUUGAAGAACUGAAGCAAGAGCUAAUUCAGGCAGAAAUUAAAAAUGGAGUGAAACAAAUACCAUUACCAUCUGGUACUGUACUGCAAGCUAAUUCUGAAAAUAUGACACAAUCUAUACCAAUCACAACCAUAUCUUCUGGUGCCAAAGAACAAGUAAAAGGAGAAAGAGGUGAAGAAAAGAAGGUGAAAGAGAAACUUGAAAAGAAAGGAGAGAAAAGGGAGAAAAAACAACAAUCUACAGCAGGAAGUGCUGAUUCUAAGCCAAUAGAUGUUUCCCGUCUGGAUCUUCGAAUUGGUUGUAUCAUCACUGCUAAAAAACAUCCAGAUGCAGACUCUUUGUAUGUAGAAGAAGUAGAUGUUGGAGAAGCAGCCCCGAGAACCGUUGUCAGUGGCCUGGUGAAUCAUGUCCCUCUUGAUCAGAUGCAAAAUCGGAUGGUGAUUUUACUUUGUAAUCUAAAACCUGCGAAGAUGAGGGGAGUACUGUCUCAAGCAAUGGUGAUGUGUGCUAGUUCACCUGAGAAAGUGGAAAUCUUGGCGCCUCCUGAUGGAUCUGUUCCUGGAGACAGAGUUACUUUUGAUGCUUUCCCUGGAGAGCCUGACAAGGAGUUGAAUCCCAAGAAGAAGAUUUGGGAGCAGAUCCAGCCUGACCUGUGCACUAAUGGAGAGUGUGUGGCUACUUACAAAGGAGCUCCCUUUGAGGUGAAAGGGAAGGGAGUGUGCAGGGCUCAGACUAUGGCCAACAGUGGAAUAAAAUAAAAGUAGAUUAAAAUGCUUCCGAUACUGCAAUACAUUAGAAAAAACUUUAAUAACAAUAAAAAGAAAUACAUAUGUCAUUUAUACCUAAAACAUAACUGGCUCAUUUUUGUGUUAUUUAUCUUCUAGACUAUGAGUCUUUUUACCUUGUGUAUAUUGUUUCAAUUGAUUAGAAAAACACUAGAUUUUUACCUAUUAUUUUUGAUCCCUUAUAAUGUAGGGAGGAAAUGUCCUAUGUUUUGUGAUGAUUUAUUUUGUACCAGGGAUGUUAGCCAAUUGCUUUUCUUUUAUACAUUUUUAGAUAAGUUGAGCUAGAUUAACAUUUAGUUUCUUAUUUGUAGGCAUAUGAUGCAUGAAAUUUCAAGAACUUGGAUUUUUAGUAUGUUGUGUAUUUGUGUUAUAAAGGUCUUCUCUUCAAAAAUGAUAAGUUAGAAUUUGUAUAAUGUUCAUCAGCUAGUCAUAUUGUAAUACUGAAAAUGAACAACUGUUGAUUCCAGAGAGUCAAACAUCAAAAAAGCUAAGACACGUGACAUUUGAACAUUAUUGCUAUUUGCCAAAGUAACCCAAACUUUUUAAAAAGAAAUUUCCAACCCGUUUUUAAUUUUUCAUUCCAUUCAGUAAUACACUUUGACUAUAAAAUAUAAACACAUUGCAAAGUGUUGCCAACGUAGUUUCUAAUAAAUUGGAAACUACAGGAAAAGCAGUGGUCUGUUGUUUCACCCCAGCUGACUUUAAAGAUUCUGUGGGUACCAAAAAAACAUUACUUAUAGCUUAUUAUCUUUACAAGAACAUUUAAGAUUGCUAUAUUUUGCUUUUUCAUGAACCAUCAAUGUAUUAAAGGAACUGGCAGCCAAAACCUUAAUAUACAUUAAGGCAUCAGAUGCCUAUUUUCACCCACCUAGGUAUUCUAGGAACAAUGAAAAUUAACUUGAGUCAUUAGCUUCAAUUUUACCAGCCUUGAGAUGGUGACUGCUGAUUUGGGCUACCUGAAAGGAAGUGUGUCUAUGGAGGCAGAAGUAUAGAUGUUGUUUCAAAGAAAAGUCUCACAGUCAAAAUUCUUGCACCGUAGCUCUGCAUGCCUCCAGUAAGGAAAGGAAAAACAACAUUUUACAACAACUACAUGCUGUGUUAUAAAAGGUACAAGUCAAGUUCAUUUAUUUAAGGCCAUGGAGUUCUGGUUGGCCAGGAAAUGAUACCAUAAUAGAAUUUGAUCAUCUUUCGGUAAAACUGAGUAUUUAUUAACAGAGCAUCGUUAACACGUGUUGAUAACUAAGUACAAGUGAAUUUCCAAAGUUAUUUUGUUCUGCAGAUCUAUUACUACUUUGGGAAUAAAGAAUGUGACAAAGUC